AAUUCACAAGCUUAAAUACAAAGACUUAAAUGGCUGGUCCUAGGAUUGCCCAUGCUACCUUGAAAGGCCCAAGUGUGGUCAAAGAGAUAUUAAUUGGAAUAACCCUCGGCUUAGCUGCUGGUGGUGUGUGGAAGAUGCACCACUGGAAUGAACAGAGAAAAACCAGGACCUUCUAUGAUUUAUUGGAAAAAGGUGAGAUCAGUGUUGUUGCAGAUGAAGCGUGAGAGUGUUCCUGCUUUGCUGCCUAUGCUCUUCAUUUAUAGGCUUUUUUUCCCGUGCUAUAUUUAAUUGGCUCUUUAAAUGUAAAUGAGCCUACUUACUAUGAGAUUGAAAGGAAUAAGUUUCUUGCACUGAUUCAUUACUAUGUUGGCUUGUAAAAUUUUAUGCAAUUAUGUUUAAUAUUGUGAUUGGGUUA